GAGAUCUGGCUCGGCAGGGGCGGAGCUCUGCGUGGCGGGGCGGGCUCGGCACCCUAGGUACGGCCAUGGACCGGGCCUGGGCGGGGGCAGGGGCCGUGGCAAGAAGCCGGAAGCAGCCGCGGCCCCAGCUCGGGAGACAUGGCGGGCGUUAAAGCUCUUGUGGCAUUAUCCUUCAGUGGGGCUAUUGGGCUGACUUUUCUUAUGCUGGGAUGUGCCUUAGAGGAUUAUGGUGUUUACUGGCCCUUGUUUGUCCUGAUAUUCCAUGCCAUCUCUCCCAUCCCCUAUUUCAUUGCCAAACGAGCAACAUAUGACUCCGAUGCAACAAGUAGUGCCUGUCGGGAACUGGCUUAUUUUUUCACUACCGGAAUUGUUGUUUCUGCCUUUGGAUUUCCUGUUAUUCUUGCUCGUGUGGACGUGAUCAAGUGGGGAGCCUGUGGCCUGGUGCUGGCAGGCAAUGCAGUGAUUUUCCUUACAAUUCAAGGUUUUUUCCUUGUAUUUGGAAGAGGAGAUGAUUUUAGCUGGGAGCAGUGGUAGCACGUGCUUCAUUCUGACUAAAUGCAUUUAAUUUCUUAGAAUUCAUACUGUAUGUAUAUGUGUGCACAUGUGGCCUUUUACUAUGAAAUUUAAUAUACUGUUUCUUUAUACCUUUGUAAUCAUGUUCACUUUAAGGAGGACUACAUGGGGAAAAGGUUAGUUUUAUUCCCAGCCAGUAGACCUCUCCAUUUACUCAAGUUGAAUUAUGUUAUUUGUUUCGCUUUUCAUAGAGUCAUGGUGCUCUCAGAAAAUGUUAACUCAGUCUUGUAGACAGUUGCUCACUCAGUGUGCAGCAUCUCCACCUUUGGCCCGGGGAUGUGCUUGAGUGGGCACGUAGCACUGGGGCUGUUUUAGCUCUGCCCAGGACUUCCAAGAUAUACCUGUGGCCCAGAAAGACAGAGGCGGCUCCCUCUUUAUGUUGCAGACUCUUGCUUCUCCAAGUGUGGUCCAUAGACCAAGAGCAUCAGCAUCUCGAAGCAUGGUCCAUAGGAGCUUAUUACAAAUGCAGCGUCUGGGGCCCCAUCCUCAACCUAAUACAUUUUGAUGAGACCCCAGGUGAAUCGCAGGCACAUUAAAGUCUGAGAAGCGCUGUCAUGAAGGAAGAAGCAUUGCCUUCCCCUUGACUGAACCCCUUAGUCUCUCUGGGUGUUAGCUGCUUGUAAAAACUGUUUCCCCUGCCCCUCGUGUUGAGGCCUACUUCAGCCUGUCCUUGGAAUUCAUGAAAUGUCCAAACCUAUACUUUAUAGGCUGUUCCUCACAUUUGUGAAGUGUUCUCAGUAGGCAACAGCUAUGGCUUCACAUUGUCUGAAAGGCAGUGGCUGCCUUCACAGUGCUGGGGGGACAGAUCCCUCACUGGGAGGCAGGGGAGGGAGGCUGGGCUGGAACCGGCCCCUGCUUUAGCAAGAUGGGGAAGAAUGGAUAAGUAACGCUGUUUCAUUUCCCUUCAUAAUCUGACAUUUCUCCCCAGUUCCUUCCCUGUGCUGCUGCCCACCCACCUUCACCAGCCCCGCUAAACACACGCACUCCCAGCAGUUCUGAUUUGCCCUAUCUUCUUCAUGGCUCGGCUUCUCCUUUCUAUAGAGACGUGGAGCCAAGUAAGCAAGCAGAGGGUGAGCUGCUUAAUUUUAUUUACAUGUGAUGUACUUGUCUUUCAUGUCCUGUAGGACUUUUAAAAUAUAUAUAUAUAUAUAUAACACUUUAUGCCACUUUUAAAUGAAUCUGAGAAUUCAUGUCAUGCUGGGUCCUGUAAUCACAGGUUUUCUAGCUCAACUUUUUGUCCAAGGCCUAUCGAGAAAGGGAAAUAUGGGAACUAGAACCACGUGAUUAGAAUGUAAGCAGUGAUUUUAAAGCAUUGUUAAUGUGUGAUAACAGACAUACAUUCAAAACACUGAAAGCUUGAAGUUUGUAACCCCUUCAUAUUCUGGAAUGAUCCUGGGAGCAGAAGACAAGAGUGAUACCUAAAAGGAUAAUAUGCAAAGUGAUAUUUCAGCCUUAUGCAUGAUUUUAUGUUUUCAGUGUACUAUGUACGUAUAGAACUGUUAAAGUUAUUUCCAACAUUUAUAUUAGAAAAAUUAUAUAGACACUUUAUAAUUUUAACCAGCAUUUUUAAUAACACUUACACUUACUGUAUUGUAAUAAAUUUUACUUUUAACAGAAAAGAAAAGCUUAAUUUUAAAAGUUUUUAUUCUGAUGUCACCUUGCUUAAAAGGUAACAAAAAUAUGAAAAUUUCUUUGUGUUCUGAAAUGUGCAGUUGUGAGCAAUAAUCUGUCCUGCAUUAGAAUAAUAGCAGGAAGUUGUAAGAUACCAUUUUCGAUGUGCAGUUGGCUUGUAAUAGCUUCUCUUUUCCUAAGAUGGAGAUACUGUUUAAUUUAUACUAUAUUUUGCAAAAGUGCCCUUGUUGCUUAUACACAUUUUAAAUAACCAAGGUAGCCUUAAUGUGUAGCCCUAAAGCAUUGCCUCUUGAUUGUAUUUCCAGAAUGCUAUAAAGCACUUGCAUAUAGAAUAUUUGUAGUUAUUCCCUACUAAUGGAAUGGUUUAUCGAAGUGAUGGAUUAUUGGAUUUGCCAUAUGUAUGAAAGAGACAUUUAUUCUGCAGCACCUAGUAUCAUUUAAGUAAUAAAUGUCAGUAGGGAGUAUUGCUGUAUAUGAAUGUACGGUACAAAAGUUUCAUCUCUGUAACACAAAUGUUGGGCCUUUUUUGUGUGUGUGGUACGCGGGCCUCUCUCUGUUGUGGCCUCUCCCGUUGCGGAGCACAGCCUCCGGACGCGCAGGCUCAGCGGCCAUGGCUCACGGGCCCAGCCGCUCCGCGGAUGUGGGAUCUUCCCGGACCGGCGCACGAACCCGCGUCCCCUGCAUCGAACCCGCGUCCCCUGCAUCGGCAGGCGGACUCUCAACCACUGCACCACCAGGGAAGCCCAAUGUUGGGCAUUUUUUAAUUCCUUAUAAAAGGUUCAUUUGUUUUCUAUACACCAUAGAAUAUAUUUUGGAGAUUCAAAGCACGUUGAUUACAUCCUAAAACUGAGAAUGCACAUAAAGAAUUGCCCAGAAGUGAGUAAUCUUAUGAAGAGAUUCUCUAUCAUGUUCCAAACAACUGGCUUAUACUUUGAAACACUUUUCCCACAGAAACAAUAUCAUGCUACCAUGGGUUACGAGGCCAAGCCUUCUGAGGAAGGCUAAACCCUAACAUAGCUGUCCUUUAAUACUCAAGGAACUUGCCUGAGUUUUGGAUCGUGGCAACAGGGUAGUGUCAACAGUCUGAACGAAGGAAAAUGUAUAUUUCCACCUCCUUUCCUAAGAACAAGGUCUUUCUUGCUUCAAUUUUUGCAGCCCUCUCUAUCCCCUAAUGCCCUUGGGGUCCAUUAAACCUGUGAUGUUUGCUGGCCUCCUCUCCUGACUCAGAGGCUUCCUCUUAGUCUGCCCCACCUCCCGGGGUUCUUCAUAUUCCCAAAUCACCCGCUUUUCUACUGCUACCAAUCAGUUUUCUUAGUAGAGCUGAUAUCUUGUGAUGUUUAAAGAGAAAGCAGUUGGUUCAUACUCUUUCCCAGAAAGAAUGACUGUGAUCAUCUUCCCCACAUCUGGAACACAUCCAUACCUGCCUCGUGCAGUUACCACGCAGGGCUGCAGCUGCAUUUUUUUUUUUUUAACGGUGUGCGGGCCUCUCACUGUUGUGACCUCUCCCGUUGCGGAGCACAGGCUCCGGACGCGCAGGCUCAGCGGCCAUGGCUCACGGGCCCAGCCACUCCGCGGCAUGUGGGAUCUUCCCGGACCGGGGCACAAACCCGCGUCGCCUGCAUCGGCAGGCGGACUCUCAACCACUGAGCCACCAGGGAAGCCCUGCAGCUGCAUUUUUACAAGGGCAUGCCUUGGAACCCAUUUGCAGAAAUGGCAAUGUUCCACAGUAAAGUGAAAAAAGCAUUCCAGCAGUUUAUAGAAGGACAGUAAUAUUUUCGGCCAGGAGCAAGCCUAUCACACUUCAUCCGUUCCUCACGGUGAGUUCUCAGCUGGUUCUACAUUUCAUAGUUGUUUUUUUCCUCCACUUAUGAACCCACAGAUUUUUCUUACAGUCCUCAGGAAGUCUGUACCUCUGAGGUAUCUUCUUGGUGAAGACUCUUCUAGGGAGUGAAAUGUUUCAUGAAGUUAAUAGCAUUCCUUAGGCUCUCAGAGAAAUGCUUAGGAGAUGUCACAAAAAUGUGCCUUUUUGAAGUUUGCAAAAUUCAGGUUUUGCACCAUAAUUUAACCAAAAUAUUUAUGAGGAUGCUAGCAUUUUCCAAGUAUAGUAAUUAGUUCACAACUGGGAAAUAUUAUUCCUGUAGAUGAAUAUAAGUUCUGCAUUUAAAUGUCCUUUUUGCCAUUCUGCCUCAUGAAGUACCUUAUAUGCAAAAAUCUCAGUGUAUAAUAACUCAUGAGUUACAAUCUGCUUUCAUGUGGCCAUGUUCCUGGAGUAGAGCAGUGACAUGUGACCCCAAACACUGUGCAAGGUCCCCAAGAUUGCUUUAGAAUGCAAUUAUGUACAUAUGAUGGGGAUGAUUUUCUUUCUUUCUUUUUCUUUUUCUUCCUCCAGCUAGGCCACCAGAGGGUGAUUUCCUUUAAAAUCAAGCUUGUCAUUUAUACUUGAACAAAGACUUUUAUGUACAUUAUUAAACUAAAACUUUUAUAUUUUACUUUGGGAUGCAUUAUAUUUGGAAAGAAGACCAGCAGAUUUCUUUCCCCGGUGUUUUUGUUUGGAUAAUAUUAAUUAAAUUUGGAGAAUUUGUCUAGUUUUGAGCCCAUAUUUAUUGUGGUUGAUAGAAGUCGUCCAAGAAUGUGUGUAACCGGGAGGAAUCGAGUCCCUAGUUACAGCUUUGCUAACAUCCCAGAGUUGAAGGUGGUUGUGUGGGACAUGGUUAAUCAAGAAUUUGCUGUUUUGGAAAAGAGAGAAAAAGUCAACACUUUUAAAAAGUGCUGUACAUAUUCUGAAGAGUCAUUUUGUACACUACAGUGAAGAAUGCACACAUGUAAAGUACUGCUUAAGGAGUAACGUGUCCCCCUUAUACACAGAGCAUUUGGGGAAGAUCUGAUGUUUCACAGGUGGAUUGAGGCAGUUAGUUAGAUUAUAAAGAAAGUGAGCUAGAUAUUUCAUUGUAUUACCCAACUAAGCGUAAAGUUAAAUUCUUAGUAGAAAUUUGGUUAUACCAACAUCACUGUAAAAUGCCCAUAAGAAAAAAUAGUUCCCAAGGAAGCUUCUCUGGUCCAAGGGCUUGUAUAUAAGAAUUUUCAUUUAGAAAAAGCAUGCUGGAUGCAUCGAGAGACCUUGUCUGGGGCUGAGAAUGGAUGUGUCUGGAGAAAUCAUGUACCUGUUAUUUAAACAUAGCAUCUUCUGUCUUGAGAUUUUUUUAAAAAAAUACUUGCCUAUCUUUUUGGUCAGCUAAAUGUAAAUAAAAAGGUAUUAUCUGUUAUCCAGUAAUCAUACCUGGCAAGUUAUUUUCUUCUUUUCUUCCUACAAUGCCUCUUAAAAAUGUCCAUUUAGGUUAUCAGUCAAGUUUCAUCCUCCUUUGUUUUUGCUGAAGUAGGAAACAAAUGUCUGUUUUUUAAAAAAGAAAUAAAGGUGCAAAGUAUUAAAAUGUCCAGCCUUUCCCCACAUUUUUUAA